AUGAGUAAACGAUCCUUCAGCAACUUUAACAAUGAACAGAGAUUCUCUUCUUCGUCAUCAUCGGGAGGCCACAACCGAGGAAGAGGCAGCUAUAACAACUCUUCGGACCGAAAAGGAGGCUACAACCGACCGAAUAAUUCUUACUCCAAUAAUCGAUAUAACAACAACACCAAUAGAUCCUUUGAAAAGAAAAAGAGAAUAGAUUACAACACCAAUACUACAGAGGAAUUACACCGUUCCGGUAAGACCACUCAAAUUCCUCAAUUCCUUGUUCACGCCGGAUAUUCAAAAGAUGGAAAAGGAAUUGCUUGUACCCAACCUCGUAGAGUUGCUGCCAUGUCUGUUGCUCAACGUGUGGCCGAUGAGAUGGAUGUUGAUUUGGGUAAUGAAGUUGGUUAUUCCAUUCGUUUUGAAGAUAAAUCUUCAGAAAAAACAAUUCUCAAAUAUCUCACUGAUGGUAUGCUUUUAAGAGAAGCCAUGUUAGAUCCCAAAUUAAGCAAAUAUUCAGUGGUUAUUUUGGACGAAGCACACGAAAGAACACUCAGUACAGAUAUUUUGAUGGGUUUGUUGAAAGAAUUGUUGCAAAAAAGAAAAAGAUUUGAAACUGGUAGUGAUGAGCGCUACUUUGGAUUCUGGUAA